AUGGCUGACGGUCAUCGAUGUGGAAAUCCGUCCGACGAGUCUGAACAAUCUUCUUGGACGCCUGUGCCAUCUGCCGACGACAAUUCGAGACCUUCGACUCCCAAUUUUCCUACUGUGGAGCUCACCAGCGCGCUGGGAGAGCAGUGUUUUGGAAUUGUCAAUUUCACUAUCGUAUCGUCUACUGUGCACGAAGCAUCUGCGCGUGUCGCCCUUCUCGAAGGAAACACUGUCAUCAUCUCGCUUUCUUCUCGCGGAUAUAGGAUCACCUUAGGGCGCUCGUACGAGAGCAUCGAGGACAUCUUGACGGUAUUGAGUUCUCGUUACGGAGAUGUGCGUCGAGAUAGAUUGUUUGCCAAGCUGCAGGCGCUAUCACCAUGA